CUUUCUUAUCCAAUGGCCCCAAUUCCCUAAUCUUUCUGCUGCAACAUUUGAACUCCUCUCCGCUGCGCUUCUGUCCCUCACUGUGACUCUCGAAGCAAUAAUGCUCUUGCCACUGCCAUCAACCACAACUCCUACUUCUUCCUUAUCAUCUUCGCGUUUUCUUUCCCACCAUCCAAAUGGGUUAAAAAGUUCAAGCAUUUCUGGUGCUUCCAAAUUAUCAAACAAAGAGAGAAGAUUCAUAAGGAAACCUGGGCUUGCUAAAAUCUCUGCAACAUUUGAGUUGAAACCACCACCAUAUCCACUGAAUGCUUUGGAGCCCAUUAUGAGCCAGGAGACGCUUGAGUACCAUUGGGGGAAGCACCACAGGACUUACGUAGAAAAUCUGAACAAGCAAAUUGUUGGACACAGGCAUGCAUGCUUCACGCUACAAUGUCCUUCUCAGGUUUCUGAACCAUGCUUUGUAAUCUUGUUCUACUUGUUGCAGGUGUGGAAUCAUGAUUUCUUCUGGGAGUCCAUGAAACCUCGCGGUGGUGGUGAAAAACCAUCAGAGGAUCUUCUAAAACUGAUUGAUCGAGACUUUGGUUCUUUCGAAGGAUUUGUUAAUGAGUUCAAGACUGCUGCUCAAACACAGUUUGGUUCAGGAUGGGUUUGGUUUGCAUACAAAGACAGCAGACUUGAUGUUGGAAAUGCGGUAAAUCCUCUUCGAUCCGAUGAGGAUAAAAAGCUAGUCGUGGUGAAGAGUCCCAAUGCCGUGAACCCCCUUAUUUGGGGCUAUUAUUAUCCGCUUCUUACCAUCGAUGUUUGGGAGCAUGCUUACUACAUUGAUUUUCAGAGUCGGCGGCCUGAUUAUAUAUCGAUGUUCAUGGAUAAACUUGUUUCUUGGGAAGUGGUUAACUCAAGAUUCAAAAAAGCUAAGGCCGUAGUCGAACAGAUGGAGCGAGAGGACGAGAGGAAAAGAAAACUGGAAGAACAGAGAUUCACAACCGAUGAAGCUCCGGCCAAUGCAAUAUUUCCUGAUACUGAUGCUGCUGCUGAAUGAAAGAGCUUAAAACGGCGUAUAUACUAUUACUGUAUCAAUCUAGCUGAGGUAGAUGUUUUGAGCUGCAAAUUUUGGUAAUGAUUAAUAGUGUAUAAUAGUUAAUGGUUACAUGUUCAUUAAUGAUACUAGCGUUUGCAUGAUCCUGUAGGAGUGUUUUUUUUUUUUAAUAUAUUGAUUUAAUUUAGUUUA